AUGGUUAAAGUAGUCUUACCAAGCAGCGUCAAUUUUCAGCACCCAAAUCACCAGGUGCGCAUGUUGAUUGGAAUCAAGGCCAAUUUCAAUUUUCCCAAAGGUCCAACACAUGUUGACGAUCAAAUUACGUUCAGAAAAAGCAGCGAAGGGCAAAAUUAUAGCAAGUUGAAGGUUCGGUCUGAUCGACCCAAAUGGUAUGCAUAUGAGGCUGAAAAUGAAAAAAGGCAAAAUAGUCCCGCUUUUUCAACCAAAUCUUCAUCCAGUUUAACACGAGGCGAAUCCGUCCUUCCUUUGACUAAGAACGAUUUACCUGACAGUGCUAGCCUCAGUUUACAGACACGGUGGAAUUUAAUCAUGGCACUUGAUCACUACAUGCGUCCGAGUUGUGAACAAACUUGCGGAAAGGAUAUAUAUGUUUCGCAAUGGCAGAAAGAGGACGCCAUCACACUUGGACGAGGUCAGCUAACCUAG